CCAGGAUCUCAAGAUUCACAGAGGUUAUAGAUGCGCUUUGAUCUGUAAUAUCUGAUGGCCAUCUUGUGGCCACAACGCGAAACUUACGUACAAAGCAAGAAUAAUAACUCUUAUUAGGGAAUUAUGCACCUUUUUUUUUCAAUUCGAGGGAUAAACUUCUUAAAAAUACCCCGAAAGUGAUUAGACAUUAAAAUUCCUUCGAUGUUUAGUAGGGAUACAUCAAAUAGGCGCGUAGAGUCAACCGGGUUUUUUUUGUGUGAAUCAUCUAACUUUCCGACCGUUGCUGCUUUUUUGGAAGAGGACGACAAGAAGCUGCGCGUGCAUACAGAGGGAGAACGUGCGUACGCGAUUGUGAAGUGUCUUACAGUAGGGUUAUCCGCUGAGCACCAGAAGACAAUAAGAAUCGAUAAAGGACUGACCGAACCAGGAAUAAACUUCAAAGAUGCUACUAGCUGUCCAGGCUGUAUAUAGGGAUCAAGUCAAAUCUGUCACCACGUCUCAAAGUCGUGCCAAGCAGCAGAGGGAGAUCUAUACAGACUGGGCAAAUCAUUAUCUGGAGAGAGGGCGCUUCAAGCGUUAUAUUCAAGAUCUACAGACUGACGUCAGUGAUGGCUCUUUACUUGCUGACGUCAUUGAGGCUGUUACCGGGACAUACAUUCCUAACAUAGCAAGGAAACCGAAGACAGCUGCUCAAAUGGUAGACAACAUCAAUGCUUGUCUUAAUUUUCUUGACGAGCUGGGGGUUAAUGUUGUAGACAUUACUGCCCAAGAUAUCAGAGAUGGUAGUUUAAAAGCUAUCCUGGGACUCUUCUUCAAUCUGUCUCGUUAUAAACAAGCUCAGAAGACGGCAGCCACUGCAAAUAAUCAGCCCUCUAGCGGUUACUCGCAAGGAAGAGUAGGGCUGACACCUUCUAGUGGUGGAGAAAUGCUUUCGAAAUUACCAACUCUUUCCAAACCUUCCACUGGACGUGUUCCUACUCAGUCUUGUGCCAGAGAAAAUUCUAGCAGUAUACCUGCGCCGCCCUCUACCGUUAAUAAUAAUCGUAAAAAUGUGAAUCAAACAGAAAAAAGUAGAAAUUUAACCAAUCCUGGAAACGGAAUGACGAGUGGAACAACAGGUAGGAAAGCAUAUUGGAACAACUUAUUUCUCGUCGUAAAUUAUCUCUAAUGUUCAAAGAAAGUUAAAGGAAAAUUCCGUUAGAUAAAAAAUAUAUUAAAUCAUAAAAACAUUUGGUUUCACCCGCUAUUGACGUAACAACUUUGUUUUAGUUAUCUAACAUGUGAAUUUAAACUUGACACUUGUAAAAGUCUUGCACAAGUUCAGUUCAAACUGCAUCAUU